CAGUCGGAAACAAUCAGGGCAACCAGGUGACACAACAUUCUAAGUGCCGCAACUGCCAGCAUGUACAAGUUUUAUUCUCGAUUAAAUGGCCAGAAUUCGGGUCUAAUAGGAUACCCCUGCAAUGCUUUCGUUGGCAUGGCCAAAUUCCACCGGCCUAGUGGUGCAUUGGGUCAGAAGUCAGCCCUUAAGUACCCGCCCCCAGACCUUUCCCCGAUGCCCCCAUGUAAUUUCAAACCAGAUGAAUAUAAGGACUUGUCAAAGGAGCGUAUGAUGGAGAUCCGCAGGCUCAACUGCCACCCAAUGAUAAUGAAGGUGACAUACUACAAAAAACCUGUGUUCAUCCACCAAGGACACAUGCAGUGGCUAUGGGAUGUUGACGGCAGACGCUACCUGGACCUGUUUGCAGGGGUUGCUACCGUGAGCGUGGGGCAUUGCCAUCCAAAGGUGAGGGAGGCUGCAGAACAGCAGCUCAGGAAACUAUGGCACACCACUAACAUCUAUGUGUACUCUCCUCUCCAUGAGUACUGUGAGAAGCUAGCAGCCCAUUUUCCAGAGCCACUAAAGGUUGUCUACCUGACAAACAGUGGCUCCGAGGCCAAUGACCUGGCUAUGCUCAUGGCUAGAAUCCACACUGGCAACUUUGACAUUAUAACCCUGAGGGGUUCCUACCAUGGCGGAAGUCCUCAGACAAUGGGUCUGACCUCCAACUCAGCAUACAAGUACCCCAUUGCCUCUGGAAUAGGCUGCCACAAUACCAUGUGUCCUGAUGUGUUUAGAGGGCCGUGGGGAGGAAGUCACUGCAGAGAUUCCCCAAUACAGACUAGCAGAGAAUGUGACUGCUCCAAAGGUCAUUGUCAGGCAAAUGACAAAUACAUUGGUCAACUCAAAGAAGUGUUUGCUACAAGUGUUCCAAGUCGAAUUGCGGCUUUCUUUGGAGAACCCAUUCAGGGUGUUGGAGGAGCUGUUCAGUACCCUAAAGAUUACUUAAAGGACACCUACCGGCUUGUGAGGGAGCGUGGCGGCAUCUGCAUAGCUGAUGAGGUUCAGACAGGAUUUGGCCGUACAGGAAGUCACUUUUGGGGAUUCGAAGGUCAUGAUGUGAUGCCAGACAUGGUGACCAUGGCAAAGGGCAUUGCUAAUGGAUUCCCAAUGGGAGCUGUUGUAACAACACCAGAGAUUGCUGCUUCCUUUGCCAAGGGAGUCCACUUCAACACCUUUGGAGGAAACCCUGUGGCUUGUGCCAUUGGCUCUGCAGUACUGGAUACAAUCAAGGAGGACGGCACCCAGAAGAUCAGUGAUGAGGUGGGAACUUAUCUGUUGACAGAGCUGGCCAAGCUCAGGGACAAUUAUGAGAUCAUUGGUGAUGUUCGUGGAAAGGGCCUACAGAUUGGCGUAGAGAUGGUGAAAGACAAGGCUAGCAGAGCCCCCCUGCCUGCAGAGGCCAUGAAUGAGAUCUUUGAAGACACCAAAGACAUGGGUGUUCUCAUAGGGAAGGGUGGGCUGUAUGGACAGACAUUCCGGAUCAAGCCUCCAAUGUGCAUCACCAUGGAUGAUGCUAAUUUCUUCCUGGCUGUGUUCAACCAGGCCAUUCAGAACUACCUGGCCAGGAAAUGAUCCUAAAUGUUUUGCUCUCAGCAAGAGCCAAGACAGGGAACCAAGUUGUUUCUCGAUUCAUCUUUGUUUUCCUCUAUGUUCCACAUCCCUCUCACCCAAUAUCUAAGCAAGGGUUAUUUGAAUGUCCACAUACUUACAUAACUAAGACCCUACAGGGUCCUCCUACUCACUGUUAUCUGUUGUUGCCUUACUGGUGUGCACACUGAGCUCCCCUGGUAUUGUCGGCAUAGGAGUAUUGAAAAGAGAGAACCAGGAGAUUACAUAUUAUUGACAUUAUUUAAAAAAUGUUACUUGGCUAUAAUUAAAAUAGUCUGUACCUAGCUGGAUUUGAAUGUCUACAUACACCAUUUAAAAGUUGUAAUGUAAAUGUAUUACUUCUAACCCACUACCCUCAGUAAAAGAAAUACCUUGCAACUAAGUUGUGUAGUAAACCCUUUACCCCAGGGUAACUUGCAGAGGGCAUUUCCAUUCUUUAACAUUUCUUGGAAGGCGCAGUGGCUCAUGCCUGUAAAGUGCGUGUGAGACUGACGUGUUUAAACACGCUUCAUAGUGAGAUAUUCAAACCAGCC